AUGAAUACCCUUCCCCUCCCCAAGAUUUACGCCCACCUGGAGCAGACGUUGAGAGAAAGACGCGAAGCUGAACUCGAGCGAGAUAUACUCGCUCAUCGACUGAGUCGAAUGGAGUCCGAUCUCAGAGAUUCCUCAGCGCGGGUGCUGCAGCUCGAAGGGGCUCUUCAGCAAGCAACGCUCGCUCGUCGGAAGGACCAGGACGAUCAUGUCGCGACGAAACGCGAGUACUUAGAAGCGCGAGCGAAACUGGACAAUGCCUCCAAUGGCUGGAGUGCUGCUGUGCGUGACGUCGGCGCUUGCUGUGUAUGCGGUGCUCCCGCAGUGGGUACCGUCGUGCCAUGUGGACACAGCAUCUGCGAAAGCGGGCAUAAGAUGCGCGAUUGCGACUGCGAUCUGCCUUUUGGGACCCCAGGCCGUUGCAUGGCCCACGGCACGAAAGCUCGCUGCCCAUACCAUUCAUGCGAAGUCGAGUUGGACUUUUAUAGCCGCCAUGUCAACUUGGCCAUCGAUGUCCUGAGUGCCAAACAUGCAGCCAUGUGUGCCGCCGAGGAAUACUGCAAGGAGACGAUGGGGUACGCAGCGGCUCUGACUCAAGAAUUCCAGGAGAACGAAGUUUCAGUAGACAUUGAGUGA